AUGAGCUUAAUAAUGAAUACUAAGGUCCCUUUGAUUGAGCCUGAAGAAAUAUCAUCCGAGGAUAAGAUAGAGAAUGAAUUUGGGCGCUUAACCUCGAAGAAAUAUUUAUAUUCGGCGACAUCUAGAUGUGGUAAACCUUCACAAGAUCCGGUUCUUGAUAGUCCUCCUUAUUACAUUUCAGUUAUAACUUACUUGGAUUACUUGAUAUUGAUUAUUUUGGGUCAUGUGCACGAUUUUUUUGGGUUAACCUUCCAGAAAGAACGUCAUCGUGAUAUAAUGGAAAGAGAUGGUUAUGCGCCGUGGUUUUCGAAAUUCGAGUCCUUUUUUGUCAGAAGGAUGAAAAAACACAUUGACGAUUGCUUUUCGAGGCCGACAACUGGAGUACCUGGUAGGUUUAUCCGCUGUGUUGAUAGGGUUUCUCACUCAUUAAAUGAGCGCUUUACUUAUCCGGGUACUGUAUCCAUGUGCUUAAAUCUCUCAUCAUACAACUAUCUAGGAUUUGCACAGUCGAAAGGGCAAUGUACUAAUGCCGCUUUAAAAGCAGUGGACGAUUAUGGGAUUCACAUUAACGGGUCCAGGUUCCAAAGUGGAACAACUGAUCUUCACCUGGAAGCAGAGAGAUAUAUAGCGGAUUUUGUUGGCAAGCCGGACGCACUUAUAUUCUCUAUGGGUUACGGUACGAAUGCUAAUCUAUUCAAUGCUUUUCUAGAUAGCAAAUGUUUGGUUAUAUCAGACGCAUUAAACCAUACAUCUAUCAGAACAGGUGUUCGUUUAUCUGGAGCGGCAGUCAGGACGUUUAAACACAAUGAUAUGAAAGUUUUGGAGCAGCUAAUACGCGACAUGAUCGUUCAAGGUCAACCAAAGACGCAUAGGCCUUGGAAAAAGAUUUUAAUUUGUGUAGAAGGCUUAUACUCCAUGGAAGGUACUAUGUGCAAUUUGCCAAAAUUGAUUGAACUGAAGAAAAAAUACAAAUGUUAUUUAUUUGUUGACGAAGCACACUCUAUUGGUGCGAUGGGUCCACGUGGCCGUGGUGUAUGCGAUGUCUUUGGUGUUGACCCUGCAGAUGUAGAUAUUCUUAUGGGAACAUUGACGAAGUCAUUUGGUGCAGCCGGUGGUUACAUUGCUGCAGAGAGCAGCAUUAUAAAUAGAUUGAGGCUGGACCUGACAACUCCAAGCUACGGUGAACCAAGUCCUGCUCCGGUGCUUGCACAAAUUAUUUCCUCGUUAAGGACAAUUACAGGAGAAUUAAACCCAGGAGAGGGUCUAGAAAGAGUACAACGUAUUGCAUUUAAUUCUCGUUACCUACGCCUUGCCUUACAAAGACUAGGUUUUAUUGUAUAUGGUAUUGCAGAUUCCCCUAUCAUACCAAUGCUUCUAUACGCCCCAGCAAAGAUGCCCGCAUUUUCCCGAAUGAUGUUACAAAGGAAAAUCGCAGUAGUGGUUGUCGCCUAUCCUGCAACCCCACUAGAUGAAUCCAGAGUAAGAUUCUGUGUGUCUGCUGCCCUAACGAAGGAGGAUAUCGAUUAUUUGUUACGCCACGUCAAUGAGGUUGGCGACAAGCUAUUUUUGAAGGUGAGCUCAGGCAAGGCAGGUGGAUCUCUUGAUAACAAACCUCCUAGAUGGGACAUUGAAGAGGUUAUCAGAAGGACUCCAGAGGACUGUAAAGACGACAAGUAUUUCAUAAUAUGA